CACUCCGCAACUUCGGCCGCGGCGGCCCCGGCGCUCUCGGUCCCCGCGCGCGUCGCUGCGGGGCUGCGGGGCUGCGGGGCUGCGGGGCUGCGGGGCGGCCAGCCCGGCCCGGGUCGGCUCGCCCCCCUGCGCCUCCCGCGUGCCCGUCGGGGACCGCUGGCGCCUCCCGCGGGGAGUCCUCGCCCACGCGUCGCCCGCAGCGGCCGGGGGGACCCUGGGACGUGCGGGGUCGCGAGGCCCAGCCGGGCGCCCCCCAGUGGCCAGCGCCGGAGCCCAUGGCUGGGCCGCGCGGAGCCGAGCGGGCAAGGUGAAUCCAGCCCCGGGGCCGGCUGCCGGAGCGCUUGGCGGGGGCGCCGGCUCCAUGGGCAGCGGCGCUAGGCAUGAUGAUGGAAGUUAACAGCAGCGGCCACCCCGACCUCUACGGCCAUCUCCGCUCGCUCAUCCUGCCGGAGGUGGGGCGCAGGCUGCAGGACCUGAGCCCCGACGGUGGCGCCCACCCUGUGGUGAGCUCCUGGAUGCCGCACCUGCUGAGCGGCUUCCCAGAGGUGACAGCUAGCCCGGCGCCCACCUGGGACGCGCCCCCGGACAAUGCCUCCGGCUGCGGGGAGCAGAUCAACUAUGGCAGAGUGGAGAAAGUUGUGAUCGGCUCCAUCCUGACGCUCAUCACGCUGCUGACGAUCGCGGGCAACUGCCUGGUGGUGAUCUCCGUGUGCUUCGUCAAGAAGCUCCGCCAGCCCUCCAACUACCUGAUUGUGUCCCUGGCGCUGGCUGACCUCUCGGUGGCCGUGGCGGUCAUGCCUUUCGUUAGUGUCACCGACCUCAUUGGGGGCAAGUGGAUCUUCGGCCACUUCUUCUGCAACGUCUUCAUCGCCAUGGACGUCAUGUGCUGCACAGCCUCGAUCAUGACCCUGUGCGUGAUCAGCAUCGACAGGUACCUUGGGAUCACCAGGCCCCUCACUUACCCUGUGAGGCAGAAUGGGAAAUGUAUGGCCAAAAUGAUUCUGUCGGUCUGGCUUCUCUCUGCCUCCAUCACCUUACCUCCUCUCUUCGGAUGGGCUCAGAAUGUGAACGAUGACAAAGUGUGCUUGAUCAGCCAGGAUUUUGGCUACACCAUCUACUCCACCGCAGUGGCGUUUUAUAUCCCCAUGUCUGUCAUGCUCUUCAUGUACUAUCAGAUUUACAAGGCUGCCAGGAAGAGCGCAGCCAAACACAAGUUCCCAGGCUUCCCACGCGUGCAGCCGGAGAGUGUCAUCUCCCUGAAUGGCAUGGUGAAGCUCCAGAAGGAGGUGGAAGAAUGUGCGAACCUUUCGAGACUGCUCAAACACGAAAGGAAAAACAUCUCCAUCUUCAAGAGGGAACAAAAAGCAGCCACUACCUUGGGAAUCAUCGUGGGAGCCUUCACUGUGUGCUGGCUGCCAUUUUUUCUCUUGUCCACAGCGAGGCCCUUUAUCUGUGGCACCUCUUGUAGCUGCAUCCCACUGUGGGUGGAGAGGACAUGUUUGUGGCUGGGCUAUGCAAACUCUCUCAUUAACCCUUUUAUAUAUGCCUUCUUCAACCGGGACCUGAGGACCACCUAUCGUAGCCUACUCCAGUGCCAGUACCGGAAUAUCAACCGGAAGCUCUCUGCUGCAGGCAUGCACGAAGCCCUGAAACUUGCUGAGAGGCCCGAGAAAAGCGAGUUUGUGCUGUAAGACAAAACUCUGACCACUGUGGGAAAAAAGGUCAUGAUACAUGAUCCACAGUAGAACCCUGGAGAAGAAAUAAUGCAGAACAGGGGGGGGAACAACGAAACCAUUGGCUGAGACUACACAACGGAACAUGGCUUCUGUCUUCUUGGCGUGGCUGAAAUGUGGCAAGGGGUGAUCUGUUGUACAAAGUGUGUCUUGAGGGAGAGGACAACCUCUCCCCUUUUCCUAUGGAUCAGUGAUAUUAUGUUUAAAUGAAAAGAGUGCUCAGUGUCAGACAGCCAGUCAUCUCUGCGGUAAGCACACUACAGAGCUGGGUUCUGGGAGGGGAGGGCAGCAGUUUCUGGUGCUUUCCACAAGGCUACAUCCACGAGUGUGUGUGUGUGGGGAAAUCCUAACGCACAAUUCCCAUGGUUCCGGUCUAGGCUUUGUGGUACCUCUUCAGGAACCAUUCGUGAGACAGAGUGCAUUCUGUGGUAUCACAGAAGGGUGUCUUUCCAAGCAAACUUCAGAAAGCGUAGUGUGAAUGUGUUGCAUGUCCAUGUUAGAAAACAGAAACCAGUCACCAGCUAAUACAUGCGAUUCCCCAGGGCAGUGUUUGUUCAAAGCUUCUGUUAAAUGCUGUGGCUUUUCUGCAGGGUCCUUGUGACUUUCCACCAGUGUAUGUCCACUGUUAAAUCCUUUAUCAUUAUGGUGUAACUCAGGAACAGAUCUCAGGAUGGAGAGAGGCAGAAAACCUGAAUAAAGCUUUUCCUCGCACUCACACUCCUGAAGGCUCCUGAGAAAGACCGAUAACUGAAGAAGAGUGAGUGCCACCUCGCUGCAUUGUAUAUUAACAUGAUUCUUGGCAUGUUGUUUACUCUCAUCUUCUACAAGGGUGCAAGGAGCCCAUGGAGCUGGCCCAUAACUGUGUGUUAUGAGCAGGGAGUGUGACAAUAGCAUAUCCACGAAUGGUUGCAGUUGUUUCUGGAGACAUGUAAACACGGUCAUCCAACUGGACCGUUUGAAUUGUGUGAAUCAGCGGUCACUUGAACCCCCAUUGUUAAUACUCUGGAAUACCAUUCUGUUUCACGUAGAGAAUUUGUCUCUGUGUUCUCUGUAUCUUAAAUCAAAUGUGUGCCUGAUGAAUUCUGUCCUCUAAACCCCACCCACCAAUAAAAAUGGUCAGUGUUAAGGAAAGGUAAGGAAAGAGAAAGGGUUCCUUUGUGGAUAGUAUCAUUUAAAGGUUACUAUGUGAAGGAAGUGGAAAGGCAUAGAUCAGAAGAGUACCCAUGUCUACAAGGGGGGCAUGAAUGAAAAUCACUAUUUGAUAAAAAGAGAACUGAAAGAGAAUGUUAUUUUCCUACAAUAAAGGAGGCUGUCCUCUCACAGGAUAAAAUAGAGUUCCAAAGUGGGUUAUGGGCAUCUUCCAGAUGUCACUGAUGUUUAUUAUGAGAGCAGGGAGGGAAAGGCCCCUUUCCUAUGAAGGGGAGUUAGGUACUGUCCUUUCAGACAAAGUGUGUACAAAUUCCUGAGCUGCAGAUUUGCCAGCGUGACCGUAUAUACUUAUAUUCAUAAUUUAAAUAACAAUUAUGUCAGACACAUGUUGUUAAAUUUGAAAAUGUUUUAUUACAUCACAUCAAAUAAAGGUUAUUU